CAGCUUAUUUCACAUCCGGUUUACCCAGAGACUGUCAUGGAAUAAGGAAAAAAAAAGAAAAGGGGGAAAAAAAUCAUUUGUUGUAGCUGCGAUCUCUAAACUGGGAAAAUAAUUUGGGGGGUUGCAUCUCUCAAGGAGGGAGCUGCAGCCUGUGAUUGCUUCUCCUGGGUGAGUUAGAGGCAGGGCCGUGCAGGACUCCCAGCAUCAGCCAGCCACUCUCUCUGCUUGUUCCCUGGCUUCUCCAAGUCACUUUCACAAGACUGGAUUUUACAAGCGACCUCCUUUUCUUUUUUUGCCUCCCAACCUGAAUUUUUUUUGUGCCCUCUCUCUCUCUCUCUCUCCCCCCAGCAUCAGGGGUGUCAUAGCCACAAAAAUUUGCCAUGAAGAGACAAACCCUCUUGAUAGAUAUUCUAUGGGCCUGGACGAUACUUUUAAAUAUUUUAACAGAAAUAAGUUGUGGACAAAGCACACAGGAUGAGAUUAGAGACAAUACCACAGUUUUCACAAGGAUCCUUGAUCGUCUGCUAGAUGGCUAUGAUAAUCGCUUAAGACCUGGAUUGGGAGAGCGUGUAACUGAAGUGAACACAGACAUCUUCGUCACCAGCUUUGGACCAGUUUCAGAUCAUGAUAUGGAAUACACAAUUGAUGUAUUUUUCAGACAAGGAUGGAGAGAUGAAAGGCUAAAAUUCAAGGGCCCGAUGACUGUUCUCCGUCUCAAUAAUUUAAUGGCUAGUAAAAUAUGGACACCUGACACAUUUUUUCACAAUGGAAAGAAAUCUGUAGCUCACAAUAUGACGAUGCCAAAUAAACUGUUACGGAUAACAGAGGAUGGUACACUACUUUAUACAAUGAGACUGACGGUGAGGGCUGAAUGUCCCAUGCACUUAGAGGACUUCCCUAUGGAUGCUCAUGCAUGCCCUUUGAAAUUUGGAAGCUAUGCUUAUACGAGAGCUGAAGUCGUCUACUCCUGGACACGGGAACCUGCGCAGUCUGUUGUCGUUGCCGAAGAUGGUUCGCGGUUAAAUCAAUACGAUCUGCUAGGUCAAACGGUGGCAUCAGGAAUUGUUCAGUCUAGCACAGGUGAAUAUGUUGUCAUGACAACGCACUUCCACUUAAAAAGAAAAAUUGGUUACUUUGUCAUCCAAACUUACUUACCUUGCAUUAUGACAGUCAUACUGUCCCAGGUGUCUUUCUGGCUCAACAGAGAGUCUGUCCCUGCAAGAACCGUAUUUGGUGUAACAACUGUACUUACCAUGACGACACUGAGUAUCAGUGCUAGAAAUUCUCUUCCAAAAGUUGCAUAUGCCACAGCCAUGGACUGGUUUAUAGCAGUGUGCUAUGCGUUUGUAUUUUCUGCAUUGAUCGAGUUUGCAACUGUAAACUACUUUACAAAGCGAGGCUAUGCAUGGGAUGGAAAAAGUGUAGUUCCAGAAAAGCCAAAAAAGGUGAAGGAUCCUCUUAUAAAGAAGAAUAACACAUAUGCAUCAGCAACAGCAAACUACCCACCGAUAGCUCGAGACCCUGGUCUGGCAACCAUUGCAAAAAGUGCGACCAUGGAACCAAAAGAUAUUGAAUCAAAACCAAAGCCUGCAGAACCCAAGAAAACAUUCAACAGUGUCAGCAAAAUUGACCGGCUAUCAAGAAUAGCAUUUCCACUACUUUUUGGGAUCUUUAACUUAGUCUACUGGGCAACAUAUCUAAAUCGGGAGCCCGCAAUCAAACCAUCAAAUCCACCUCAAUAACCCAUCAACUCAUACAGUAUGUCCAUGUUCUGUCUUUUGCACUGGGAAUUGCUUCCAGUAUCUAAAAUGGAAUAAUUCCUAUUUGCCAUAUUGCCUCUGUCUUAAGGAAAUUGAAGGUUUGCUAGUUAAAAAACAUAACAGAAGAGGCCAAUGCUUGAUGCCACGGUUCAGAUAUGGUCAGGUGUACAGUACAAGAGGUAUCUGCGAAUCCUGUUUCUUAAACUGAAAAUGUGAAACUGGUUCUCAAGAUUUAUCAAAUAGCAUGUUGGUGAAAUACCUAGCAGUUAGAGGUGUGUCCUAAACCAUAUAUUCAAUUUAUAGUUUGCAGGGAUUUGUUUUAAAUAUAUAGAUAAUUACAGUAAUAUACUGAAAAUACAGGUACUCCAUGUGGUAGUUAAACUCUACUGUAUGGCCAUAAACACUAUUUAGGUUGACAGCAAAUUUUUAUUAUACACUGGUUAAGAGGUGGAAGAAUUUAUUCACUAUAAUAGCUAUAUCAUCAUGCUCAGCCAUCUGUAAUCCAGAAGAGUUGUACAUUAUCAACCUUUGCUAUAAAUAUUAGGUAAUGUUUGAUGAAUUGUAAUGCUUCUAAAAACAUAAUCACAAAACCAUUAAAAUAAGAAAAAAGCAAAAAAAUAAAAACAAAAAAGCAAUUCAAACAGAAGCAUUCCCUUUGCAAAACAACUUACCAUUCACCUAUAUUUUUCCCUUUAAGGAAUACUUAUGAAGAGCUUAUGUAUGGUGUAGUCAAAAUGAUUGAAAUCUGCACUGUUUAAAGACUAGGCUUCUAUUAUACUGUAUGUGAAAAAUGACACUGAUACGAAAAACUAAAACUGCUUCACUCUAAAGUCUGUAUCAUUGCCGCAUAUUGCAAAGGAUGGUUUUUAAAUUUUGCAUAACGUGAUUAGUUCUAGAAAUAAGAUAAUGGCACAGUGCAAAUACCUAUUG